CGUUGAACAGAAUCGUUGUCACUUGUCAGUCUUCACUACGGAGCUGUUUUUUUUUUCCGAUUCGCCGGAAAAAUCACAAAAUCCAAAUCUACAACCACCUUUUAUCGGAAUCCAAUGCCGGAGGAUUCUUCUUCAAUAGACUACGCGAUGGAGAAGGCAUCAGGGCCUCACUUCUCCGGUCUUCGCUUCGACGGCCUUCUCUCUUCUUCUCCACCCAAUUCCUCCGUCGUCUCUUCACUUUCUCACCUCCGAUCAGCUGUUUCUUCCUCUUCUCCGGCUUCUUCCGAUCCUGACGCUCCCAAACAGCCCUUCAUUAUCGGGGUUUCUGGUGGUACGGCUUCUGGUAAAACCACGGUCUGCGAUAUGAUAAUCCAGCAACUUCAUGACCAUCGUGUUGUUCUAGUUAAUCAGGAUUCCUUUUAUCGUGGUUUGACAUCUGAGGAGUUGCAGCGUGUGCAAGAGUACAACUUUGAUCAUCCCGAUGCUUUUGACACUGAGCAGCUUUUGCAUUGUGCUGAGACUCUCAAGAGCGGGCAACCCUAUCAAGUUCCAAUCUACGACUUUAAGACUCAUCAACGUAGAUCUGAUACUUUCCGCCAGGUCAAUGCUUCUGAUGUUAUAAUAUUGGAAGGGAUUCUAGUUUUCCAUGACUCACGAGUUCGGAAUCUGAUGAAUAUGAAGAUCUUUGUUGAUACCGAUGCUGAUGUAAGGCUUGCUCGCAGAAUCAGGCGUGACACAGUUGAGAGGGGUAGGGAUGUCAAUUCUGUGCUUGAACAGUAUGCAAAGUUUGUGAAGCCGGCAUUUGAUGACUUUGUGCUCCCCUCUAAGAAAUAUGCUGACGUAAUCAUUCCUCGAGGAGGUGAUAAUCAUGUUGCAGUCGACUUAAUUACGCAACAUAUCCACACAAAACUUGGGCAGCAUGAUCUCUGCAAAAUCUACCCAAAUGUUUACGUCAUCCAAUCAACAUUUCAGAUAAGAGGCAUGCAUACACUUAUUCGGGAGAAGGACAUAUCAAAGCAUGAUUUUGUGUUUUAUUCAGAUCGACUCAUUCGUCUGGUCGUAGAGCAUGGUCUUGGUCAUUUGCCAUUCACUGAGAAACAAGUAGUUACUCCAACAGGAGCUGUCUAUACCGGUGUUGAUUUCUGCAAGAAACUUUGUGGGGUCUCAAUUAUUAGAAGUGGUGAAAGCAUGGAAAAUGCAUUACGGGCUUGCUGCAAAGGAAUUAAAAUAGGGAAGAUUCUCAUCCACCGUGAUGGCGAUAAUGGAAAACAGCUUAUUUAUGAGAAGCUUCCUCACGACAUCUCUGAACGCCAUGUCCUGCUUCUAGACCCUGUCUUAGCCACAGGUAACUCUGCAAAUCAAGCCAUUGAAUUACUCAUACAGAAAGGAGUUCCUGAAUCUCACAUUAUAUUCCUCAACCUUAUCUCGGCGCCGGAGGGAAUCCACUGUGUCUGCAAACGUUUUCCAGCAUUGAAGAUAGUGACUUCUGAAAUAGACCAGUGUCUAAACCAAGAGUUCCGAGUUAUACCGGGCUUAGGCGAGUUUGGCGAUCGUUACUUCGGCACCGACGAGGAAGACCAAAGCAAUCAAUCUCUCACCAACCAAUCACGUCCUCUAUUCAAAUCGAUCCGCCGCUUACGUUCUCUCCACCGUUACGAAGAAGCUUUAUCCGACGCGAAGAAGACUAUAGAGCUUAAACCUGAUUGGUCUAUAGGAUAUAGUCGAUUAGGAGCUGCGUUUAUUGGAUUGUCUAAGUUUGAAGAAGCGAUUGAUGCGUAUAAGAAGGGAUUAGAGAUUGAUCCGAGUAACGAGACGCUUAAAUCUGGAUUAGCUGAUCGGGUUCUCUACAUAGAUAUCGAUGUCCACCAUGGAGAUGGAGUGGAAGAAGCGUUGUACACCACUGAUAGAGUUAUGACUGUUUCUUUCCACAAAUUUGGGGACUUUUUCCCAGGAACUGGUCACAUAAGAGACGUGGGCGCAGAAAAAGGGAAAUACUAUGCUCUAAAUGUUCCACUAAACGAUGGUAUGGACGAUGAAAGUUUCCGCAGCUUGUUUAGACCUCUUAUCCAGAAGGUUAUGGAAGUGUAUCAGCCAGAGGCAGUUGUUCUUCAGUGUGGGGCUGACUCCUUAAGUGGUGAUCGGUUGGGUUGCUUCAACUUAUCAGUCAAGGGUCAUGCUGAUUGCCUUCGGUUCUUAAGAUCUUACAACGUUCCUCUCAUGAUCUUGGGUGGUGGAGGGUAUACUAUUCGGAAUGUUGCUCGUUGCUGGUGUUAUGAGACUGCAGUUGCUGUUGGAGUAGAGCCAGACAACAAACUCCCUUACAAAGAUGGUUAUGAUUUCUUCCUGCAGAUAUGAUGGAUCAAUUAGUUCAGCUUGUCAGCUAUGGCUGCAGUUGAUCAGUUUG